CAACUAAUUGUCUAACAUGGCAAGGUACCCUGCACUUCAGUUAUUGUGACCUCUAUAUAUGCAUGCAAUAGGAAAGAAAAUGCAAGGGUUUGACAAUAGAACAGUGGUUUCAAGUUCAGAAAUAAAUAAACUCCACUAACUUCGUUUGGAUUUGUCAACAAGUUGAAGGACCAAGGGUUAGUUAUACACAGAAAUGAGAACAGAAAACAAAAAUCAAAACCUCUCAACGGCUGUUGACCCUGACCUUGCAGCUGGCGGAUUAAUUGAGCCAAGGCCUGAGUGGUUUCAUCCCCAAAUCACUCAUAUGCCUUUUCUUUCAGACAUGACUCCGGAAAUUGCAUGAUGAAACAGUCAAGCAGCCUAGAGGGGCUGGAAAACUCAGAAAACUAUCCAUAUCAAGGUAGUUUUCGACAUCACUUUCUUCCCAUAUGGAUGGACGUGCUCUAACCAACGGGACACAGCUAGCGGUCUAAGUGCUUUCAACCCCAAAUCAAUCAUGCCUUUCUUUCAGACUUGGAUCUCAGAAAUUGCAUGAAGAUGAAAUAGUCAAGCCGUCUAAAAGGACUGAAAAAUCAAAACCAUCUAUAUCACUGCAGUUCUCAACAUCACUUUGUUCCCAUUUGCAUGGACUUGCUCUAACCAACGUGAUAAUGAUACACAGCGGUCUCAGCACCAUUUAUCAGCCCAAUUUAGACUCUAUCAUAAAUCAUCUUCAUUGACUUUGUGAACUCUGUAGGGUCUCCUACAUAUAUCUCCCGCUAUGUAUUCUUGCUUGCAUCCUCGUAUGAUUAAUCUUGCAAUUCUCAGAAUCCCAUGGCAUCAGCAGCUUCUUUAGCUCUACUUUUCUGCUUCUUUCCUCUACUAAUUGCUCUAGCUCAAUCUGUAGAAUUCAUCUUUCCUGGAUUCAAUGCAAGUGAAGCAACUCUUACCAGAGAGGGCGCUUCUGUCAUCAAACCCACUGGUGUGCUUAGGCUCACCAACAAAGCACAUAAUGUUGCGGGCCAUGCAUUCUAUUAUCAACCAAUUCCAAUGCUUGAUAGAUACACUUCUGUCUCUCGAAACGCUUCUUCUUUUAGCACAUCUUUUGUUUUCGAAAUAGUCCCAUCAAGCCCAGGGCAAGGAGGCUACGGCUUGGCCUUCACAUUAUCUCCCACUCCAAGUUUCUCCAGAGCUGGAACAGGCCAUUACCUGGGAAUUUUCAACUCGUCAAAUGAUGGCAGUGAGACCAACCAUAUCUUUGCAGUUGAAUUUGAUACCGUUAAUGGGCACAACGAGAAGGAUGACAGACGAGGAAACCAUGUUGGAAUCGACAUCAAUAGCGUUGAUUCAACAUCCUUAGAGAUGGCCGCUUAUUUUGUCAAUGGCAUAAAAGAAGAUUUGGCUUUGGAAGGUGAGGGGCCUGUCCAUGCUUGGAUAGAAUAUGGAGUGCAGAAAAUUGUGAAUGUAACAGUAUGCCCUCUAGGAAAAGAGAAACCAACCGAACCUCUUAUAUCUGGACUCAUCGACUUGAGAUCGGUGGUCAAGGAAACAAUGUAUGUUGGCUUCUCUGCAGCUACAGGGAGAAAAUCAAGCUCUCAUUACAUCCUAGGAUGGAGUUUUUCGACUAAUGGUGAAGCGCCUACACUAAGCAUUUCUCAACUUCCUACAACACCAGUAGAGAAAAGCUCUUCCAACUCUUUUGAACCCCAAAUCAUUGCGCUUAUUGCGGCUUUAUCUGUUGUGACCAUGCUUCUGUUGGUAUCAUUGAUCUCUUUGACAUUGUACAGAAGGAUGACGCGAUACGAAAACCUUGAAGCAUGGGAGUUGGAUUAUCCUCAUAGAUUCAGCUACAGGGAUCUUUACACAGCAACAAAGAGGUUUAAAGAGAGCGAGCUGAUUGGUGUAGGCGGGUUCGGUGCAGUGUACGGAGGUGUGUUGCCUAGUACAAGAAGUGGUGCUGUCAGAAGGAUUGCUCGGAACUCAGUUCAAGGAAUGAGAGAGUUUGUAGCAGAGAUCGAAAGCUUAGGAAGAUUGAGGCACAAGCACUUGGUUAAUCUCCAAGGAUGGUGCAAGCAAAAGAAUGAUCUCCUUCUGGUCUACGAUUACAUCCCUAACGGGAGCCUCGACACCCCGCUGUUUAACCGAAAGGACAACUUUGUGUUGAGCUGGGCAAGACGGUUCGAUAUCAUCAAAGGCAUCGGUGCAGGGCUAUUGUAUUUACAUGAAGAAUGGGAGCAAGUGGUCAUCCACCGGGAUGUAAAAUCCAGCAAUGUGUUGAUAGAUGCUGAAAUGAACGCCAGGCUGGGUGACUUUGGUCUUGCCAGGCUAUAUGAUCAUGGAACAGCAUCGCAUACCACCAACGUUGUUGGCACAAUCGGAUAUAUUGCACCUGAAUUGGCUCGCAACGGGAAGGCCUCCACCAGCAUAGACGUGUUUGCGUUCGGAGUUUUGCUUCUCGAAAUAGCCACCGGACGGAGGCCUACGGAUUCAGGUAACUUCUUCCUGGUGGAUUGGGUGAUGGAAUGCCGGCAAAUGAGUCGAAUCCUUGAUGCAGCAGACCUUAAGUUGAACUCUAAUUACGUGGUUGAGGAGAUGGAGUUGAUUCUGGAAUUGGGUCUUCUUUGCUCUCAUCAGAGACCAGGCUGUAGGCCAACCAUGCGACAAGUGAUGCAGUAUCUCAACGAGGAUGGUUGUCUUCCUUUCUUUGAUGACUGGGGCUCGAUUGAUUCUCAAAGCAUUUUUGAGACAAAUGCAAGAUUCUUGGAAGUGAUUUCUAAGGAUUCAAUCUUGACAUCACAUUCAUCAUCCAUCGGUUCAAUAUCCUCUACUUCUAUCUCUGCCGGCAGGUAAUCUUGACCCACGGGCGGACCCUGCUGCUUUCCCAAGGUCCACCGUGCUCUUCCCCAACUUUUUUUUUUUUGAAUGUUCAAUUGUAUUCAUAAUAGAGGGAGCAAACAUUCCCCAAGGUCCACCGUGCUCUUCCCCAACCUUCUAGUAGCAUUUAGUUCUCUUUUCUUUUUGCUUGCCCUUUGCUGGUAAUCUUCCACUUUUGCCAGUUUUUGUAUACAUUUUUUUUUUAUUACUGAUGCUCUAAAACUGUAUUCCUUCCACACAAUUAUUAAUUAUUUAACAGAGCAAGGCUAUGCAAAUCCAUUUGAAAUAAUUUAGGAUCCAAUUCUGUCAAAGAAAAAAAAUGAAGUUCCAACAACUUAAAAUUUAUAUUGAAAGACAAACCACCGGAUUAGUGGAUGAAUUAGAUAGACAGUUUCACAAGUUUUUUUACCACCUUCAUUCAGGGCCUCAAACACUGCCAGCAUUUAACUUUGUUUUUCUCUACCCAAUGGUAAGAAGCGGAUUAAGAAAAUCCUGAAAAUCCAAAACCCAAAUUCGCAAUAAUGAAUGGA